AUGGUUUCAGGAAUGGCGAGGCUGAACCUGGAGAGCAGAGCCCUGGUGCUGGGAGGGGCACAGGGCAUUAGGCACAUGGAGGGAGCUGGCAUCAAGGAGCCAAGACUGAGCCGGCGUGUGCCACCGGGCGUGCGUGGGCGCAGCCAGCCACUGCGCAGGCGCGGACUCGCUCCCCCUCGGCCUCCGCGCGGCGCUCUGGGCGAGCGCGCGCCCCCGGCGAGCGCGCGCCCCCGGCGGGUUCCGCUCUCGACAGGCGGAGGGCUGCGUGCGCACGAGAGAGCCGGCCGUGACGUGCGCCGCGCUACGCCCGACGUCACGGGUCCGUGUGUAGUGGCGGCCGGGCUGCCCUCAGCAGCGGCUCCCGACGAGGGCGGUGCGGUCGCUGGGUGCGGUGUUCGGGGGUCCUGCGGCCCGCAGCGGCGGCGGCGGCGGCGGCGGCGACUGCCGGGAGGCCCGGCGCUCCCAGCCGCGGAGUCGUCGCUCCCGCCCCUUCUCCGGCCUCGGCGGCACCCGGCCCGCGGCUUCCUCCUUUUCUGCCCAGCUUCCCGCGGGCCUCGGGGCCGCGGCGGCGAGAAGGAACGAGGGGCGCCGAGAGGCCCCGGCCGGCCGCCACGGUCCACGCGCCCGCCGCAGGCUCCAUGUGAAGGAGGGCCGGGCCUGGCCCCCGGCCCGCCCGACUCCUCGUGCGCCCCUCCGGUCCCCGGGGGCCCGCAGCCUCCCUCGACCGGGGGGCGCGGUGACAGGCCGCGCGGGGGCGGAGGGGUGGGUCUGCGGCUCCCUACGUCCCCGCGGAGCGGCGGAUUGGGCCUGCUCAGCGCCACUGCCUCAGGCGGGCUGCCCCUUGAGCGCUGUGCACUCGCCUCCGCUGCCCUCGCUGCCCUCUGA